UUCCGGUGUGAGAGCACACCUUGAGACGUGACAUAAACAAACCGAGCACGUGUUUUAUUGGCGGUGAGUCUUCUCGGAGCAGAGACCGGACCGGGACCGGACCGGACCGGACCGGGACCAUGGUGAAGUGUGUCGUUUCCGCGUGUCCGAACCGCAUGGUGAGCCGGAGAGUCUUCAACCGGCCGCCGAAGAGGUUCUUCAACUUCCCCCGGGACCCGGCGAGAGUCCAGGUCUGGCUGGCGGCGCUGAGGCAGUCGUGGCAGCACGACUCCACGGAGCAGCACUUCAUCUGUGAGGACCACUUCCUGCCGGAGGACCUCUCCGCCGGCGGGAUCACCAGCGGCGCCGUCCCCAUCAUGCCCCCUUUCCUGGACGGCUCGCUGGGCCUCGUCAGCCCCUGGGGGGCCGAGUCCUCCGAGGAAGAGGAGCGCUGGGUCCCCGCAGACUGCGAGGACGAGGGAAGUGGGGACGAGGCUCCAGAUCCACCACAGCAGAAUCCAGGUGGAGGUUUGGAGAACACCAGAGCUUUCCUGCCACAGAGGAGACAGGCGAGCAGACAGGACGUGUCUCUGGGGCUGCUGACUCUGCGUUUCCUGGAGCUGCUGCUGGUGGCGCCCGACGGCGCUCUGGACCUGCGGGACGCCGCCGCCAGCUUGCAGACACGCAAACGGCGAGUGUAUGACAUCACGCAUGUCCUGACGGGCUUCAACCUCCUGGAGAAGGACUCGACCAACUGGGUCAGGUGGAUAGGAAAGACUCCGAUCGGCAGCUUUCUGUGGAAGAACCCGCAGAAGCUGGAGAGAGAGCUGGAGAACCUGAAGACGGUGGAGUCCACGCUGGACGGACUCAUCAAGAGCUGCGCCAAGCAGCUGUUAGACAUGACGGAUGACGAGGAGAACUCUGCGUCGGCCUACGUGACUCACGAAGACAUCCGGCGGCUCUGGUUUGUCCAGCAGCAGACAGUGAUCGUGGUCAAAGCUCCGGAGGAAACCAGACUGGAGAUUCCUGCUCCACAGGAGGACAGGGUCCAGGUCCAGCUGAAGGCGUCUCGGGGUCCCAUCGUGGUUCGGACCUCUGAGUUCGGCUCCGGAGAUGUCAGCUUCGUCUCUCUGGAGGAGAGUCGAGUCCAGACAAGUGUGCUGCACACAGCGGGUCCUCAGAGCGCCGUGUGACCAGCAGGAGGCGCCGCCGUCCUCUGGUGACAUCACAGGUCGUCCUCAGGUGACAUCACAGGUCGUCCUCAGGUGACAUCACAGGUCGUCCUCAGGUGACAUCACAGGUCG